AUGCUCAUAAACAGUACAGGUAUGUAUACAAAUCCAUAUGCAAUUGAGGUUUUACAGAGCAAGAAAAAAGAACUGAUAGCAGGAAUUAUCAAUACAGAUAAUCUUCUGGACUGGUUGGUUGAGAAUCGUAUCAUUUCACCAGAUAAGAGAAUUGCUGUGUUGAAUUACAAGACACGGGAGGAAAAGAAUUCCAGAGUUCUGGAUAUGUUGGUUUGUUGUGGUGAGAGAGCCUGCAGAAUGUUCUUCUAUCCUUGUCUCAAGUAUUUGGAACCAGCUCUGUAUAAUUACAUCAGAAGCUAUGUCAGUAAUGUGUCCAGCAGCUUUGGAAAUGCCAAGAGGCAGUUAGUGGGAUACCUUUUGGAAAGGGAUAAGAACAAACAAAAAAAGGAAGAGGAAUUCGUGCAGAAUAUGACAACUAAAACUAAGCCACAUCAGACCCUAAAAAGUGUUAGACCUCUUCCUGCCCGGAGUGAACUGACUGAGCUCUACCAAGCUGCAGCAUUGGGAAAUCUUUCUAGUCUUGAUAGUGCUUUUGGAGACAGUGAUGUAAAUGGCAUAAAUGCUUCCAAUGAAACUCUGUUGCACAUUGCUGCUGCUCAUGGAAAUGUUGCAAUUAUUAACUAUUUAUUAAAUAAAGGAGCAAAGAUAGAGGUGAUGGAUAACAAAGGGCAAUCACCUCUCCACCGGGCUGCAGAGAGGGGACACAUAGAUGCAACCAAACUGCUUCUCCAAGCAGGAGCACACAUUUAUGCUGAAGAUACCGAGUCCAGAAGUCCAUUACAAUUAGCCGCAGAGAGCAACCAUUUCUCUGUUGUGAAGCUGCUGUUGAAAGAAGAAGUCAGAAAACAUAAAAAGAAUAAAUCCUUUCUGCACCAGGCUGCUGUCAGAGAUGAAAGCAAAUUAGCACAAACAAUUCUGAAAUAUGGAGCUCUAGUUGACACGAUGGAUGAGAAGAACAGGACUCCACUAUUUCAUGCUAUUUCCAAAGAACACCUCAAUACUGUGAAAGUACUGCUCAAAUCUGGAGCCAAUGUCAAUGUUGACCUGAUUCAUGCAGCAUUUAAAAGUAAUAACCAAUUCCUGAUUAGGCUGAUCUUGGAACAUAGCAAUGAAAUUAACCCUACUCUCUCAGUUAAUGCACUCUUUAAAGCAGUUCAGAAAAAUCUUUACAGAACCGUGGGCAUUAUCAUUGAACUGGGUAUUGAUGUCAACACCAGAAAUAAUUUGCAAUACACUCCUUUACUAUUGGCAGCAGAACUUGGCCAUGCUGAAUCCGUCAAAAUUCUGAUAGAUAAAGGUGCACGUUUAGAUGAAAGAAUGCCAAAUACGGAUAGUGCACUGCACCUUGCGGUCCAGGUUGGUUCCCUAUCUGUUGCAAAGCUGCUGAUUGACCAUGGAAUGGAUGCAAACGUUGUUGGCUCUGAUAACCAAAUACCCUUGCACAUUGCAUCGUUUCAUAACCAACCACCAAUGAUAGAAAUGUUGAUAACACGAGGUUCAAAAGUCAAUGCUGUCACAAAGGAAGGAGUUACUCCUUUACAUAUUGCUUCACAACGAGGUAACAGAGAUACAGCAGCAUGUCUCAUCCAGCACAAAGCAAAUGUGAAUGCUAAAGACAGAUAUAUGAAAACACCCUUACACAUGGCUGCUAUGGUUGGGGAUGCUUCCAUUGCAGAUCUACUUCUGUCAAAUCAGGCUGAUGCCAAUGCAGCGAACAUAGAGAAGAAGACACCACUUCACUUAGCUGCUAAUGAAGGUCAUUUGGACUUUGUAUCUUUGAUGUUAACCAGAAGGGCCAAAUUUGCCACUAAAGAUAGGGACGGUAAUACGCCAAUGCAUUACGCAGCCAGCAAUAGCCAUAAGAUUGUUGUCAAAGCUCUUUUAUUGGCUGGAAAAAAUAAAAACAUUGAUAUUAAGAAUGUGUGGCGGAAAACACCAUUACAUCUAGCAGCAGAGCAUAGUGAUGAGGACGUGAUAGAAUUGCUGUUGAUCAGUGGAGCUGCCAUUAAUGCUUUGGAUAAUGCCAAAGAAACACCUCUGCAUUGUGCUUGCAAAUCGGGCAACUUUAACACUGCCCAAAAACUAAUCAACUGGUCUGAAGGUGAAAAACCAAAGCUUCAGUCAACAAAUAGUUCAAAAAAGACCCCACUUCAAGUUGCAGGAAGUGGAGAUACAGAUAACCACCAACGAAUAGCAACAUUACUGAAAAAGAAAAUGUUAUUAAUUAGAUAA